AUGGCGAACUUGACAAAGCUUGAUUUUACUGCCCUUGACGUUACUGGGAAGAUUUACCUUACCUGGGUACUGGAUACUAAGAUCCAUUUGGAAGCAAGGAAUCUUGGAGAUACCAUUAGGGAAGAGAACAACUCAUCAUCUCAAGAUCGAGCGAAAGCCAUGAUCUUUAUUCUUGAUAAGGGACUAAAGAGCGAGAUCCAGGAUUUCAAGUCAGUGGCAGAGUACAAUUCUGCACUAUUCAGAAUUACAUCUCAGAUGAAGCUAUGUGGGGGUACUAUUACUGAGAAAGAUUUGUUGGACAAGACUUUCAGCACAUUUCAUGCCUCUAAUGUGCUCCUGCAGUAG